AUGGGGACCCACUUCGAUGCGGACGGUAUUGUAUCGAAGGGACUUUCUGCGAUAGGUGCGGCCCUUGUUGGGUUGAGCAAUGUCCCUGUCGUUUGGUCCAAUUGCCGCCGGCCUUCAUCCAAGGUCCAUGAUGGCUAUUCCGAUGAGGACGGAGAGGCGACUGCAGAGUCGAUCAAGGGUCUGGGAGGAAAAUGGUCCCUGCGAUUCAUCGCUGUUCUUUCUCUCGUCGGGUUUGGGUGUUCAUUAGCCACAUCCGUUUUGUCAACCCUCGGAUUUGGAAAAGAAGAACUACCGUUGUACUGGACUCAGUUCGCAGGUUGGAAUAUCGCGACAGUUCAAUCGAUCAUUCUGUUGAAGGAAACGGCUGUUCUCCGAAGAUUCGACCUCGCGCACUGUGGCUUCUGGACCAGUCUCGGGGUCUUCGUCUUUGCGCUUCCCCGUCUGACGACAUACUACUUGCAGAAUGAAAGAACAUUCUUCGCUUUGACUCUUACCAGUGCAACCGCCGGUAUGUUAAGAGGCCUGUGUUGCCUUUCUAUUCCUCGCCGACCCGAUGUCUAUCGAAAGGGACGUUUGGUAGACCAGGAGCUCAGCUCCAGCCUGUGGAGCAGGCUGACCCUUGGUUACACCACUCCUUUCCUUCGAUUCAGUGGUAAGCGGCAGGGAACUAUGGCUACCGAGGAAUUCCCUGAACUACCCAAUAAAGCCCGGGCAGAGAGACUCCACAAUCUUAUCGAAGAAACCCGAUCACAGGGGAUGUCGCUGUUUCAGGCUAUUUGUAAGGCACACAAAGGCGCCGUGAUUCUUCAGGUCAUUCUUGCCCUCGCAACUGCUAUAUCCAGCUUUGGUCCCCAUGCUGCACUAUAUGGAAUCCUAAAGACUCUGGAAGACGCGACUUUAGGUAGUCCGGGUGUCUGGGCAGCCGUGCUGGGUGUCUCUCUGUGUGUGUUUUCUACAUUUACAUCAUGGGUCUGGUGGAUUACCUACUCGAAGCUGGCCGUCCCUAUUGCUUCGGAGCUGCAGGCGCUCCUUUAUGAUAAAACUAUGCGCCGCAAGGAUAUCCAACAGCCAAAGAAUAGCGACGAAGAUAAUGGCAAGGAAGGAUCCGGUCCUGUCCAACAAGGCCAACAAGAAGUUAUUAAUCUUGUCACUGUCGAUACCCGCCGAAUCUCAGACUAUGCUUCUUACAAUCACCUGAUUCCCUCAUCGGUGGCUCAAUUCAUUCUGGCUUGCGUCUGCUUGCUAUUCCUCAUCGGCUGGAAGAGUCUUCUUGCAGGCUUGGCCGCUGUCUUCCUGAUGUCCCCUAUCAACAUCUGGAUUGCACAAGAAUACAGGUCAUUCCAAGUGACAAUGAUGAAAGCCAAAGAUCACCGCACGUCCCUCGUGCACGAAGUUGUGCAAAACAUCCGGCAGAUCAAGUUCUCUGCGACGGCCUCUGCCUGGGAAGAUCGAGUCCUCGAAGCUCGCAAGCACGAGUUGCGCUUCCUGCUUCAAGCUUGCUUCCGGGAGACCGGCUUCGUCGCCGUCUGGACUCUGACACCGCUGUUGUUGUCCGCUGUUUCUCUGUCCGUUUACGCAUUGCAAUACGGCGGUUUGUCUGCUUCCGUCGCUUUCACAUCGAUCUCUAUCUUUGGUUCGCUGGAGGUCGCUCUGGCUGCCUUGCCUCACCUAUUCGCCACGGCCUUGGAGGCCAAAAUGAGUGUCGACAGAAUUGAUGAGUAUAUGCAGACCCCUGAUAAAAAGGAGACCGAGCGCAGCCCGUCGUCGAAUAUUAUGUUCCAAGAUGCCACUAUCUCCUGGCCGUGCGACGAGGAAUCCGAUCCCGCGGGAUUCUUUCUGUCCAAUCUAAACCUCAUGUUCCCUUCCAAAGGUCUCGCCGUAAUUAGCGGCCGAACUGGCUCUGGAAAGAGUCUGCUUCUGUCCGCUAUUCUCGGCGAAAGCGAUGUCCCUCUUGGAUCAGUCAAGGUUCCAUCUUCGGACAGUUCGCAGUGGCGAAUCCCUCCGACCGGCGAUAAUGACUGGAUUGUGGAUGAUGCUAUCGCCUAUGUCCCUCAAGAGCCCUGGACCGAGAACGGUACUAUCCGUAGCAACAUUCUCUUUGGUCUGCCUCUUAACUGGGAGCGAUACCAAGAAGUCUUGUUUGCGACCGGUCUCGGAAGAGACCUCGAGAUCUUGAGCGACGGCGACAAAACUGACAUCGGUGCCAAUGGCGUGAACCUGAGCGGUGGCCAGCGUGCCCGUGUUUCCCUUGCCCGAGCUCUCUAUUCUCGUGCUGGAAUAUUGAUCAUGGACGAUAUCUUCAGUGCUCUUGAUGCAGACACCAGUCGACACGUAUAUGAGAACGGGCUCACUGGAAUUUUAGCUAAGGGCAGAACUAGAGUCCUUGCAACUCACCACAUCGGUCUUUGCUUGCCAAAGGCAGACUACUGCGUUGUCCUGGAGGGAGGCUCUAUGUCCUUUGUCGGGUCGGCGGAUCAACUCAAGAAGAAAACAGGAUUAUACGAUAUCCUUCAAGUGGAAAAUGGCGACGAGAGCAGCAAGCACUCUCGCCCCACCACUACCGCCGAGCAGCAGAUUGACGAGCCUGCAACUCGCAAGUUCAGUCCUGAUGAGGAGCGCGCAAUAGGCUCAGUGUCAAUUCAAAUUUAUAAGAGACUCUUGACUGGCAAAAACUCCCGCUUAUUGUGGGCACUGGGCUUUACUGUCGCUAUUCUAUACACGUCCUCUGUUUUUGCGCGGGGAUGGUGGCUUCACAUUUGGACAGGCACAAGCCAAGUGCAUUUCGCGCAUUACACGAGCUACAGCUCUGCUGUCGUAUCACUUGCUGCUCAAAGGUUCCGCGAGUUAGAUGCCCCUGAUGACCUUGCCAAGUACAUCUCUGUCUACGUCGGAAUUUCUCUGGGGGCCGCGAUCAUGGCCACUUUGCAGUACUUCCUGUCUUCCGUUUUGGCCGCACCACUUCGUUGGGUCGACACUGUCCCCCUGGGUCGUCUGUUGAAUCGCUUCACUGCAGACGUCUACAUCGUUGACUAUGUCCUCGGUACGCACAUUUCAGAGUUGGUGCAGUCGACUCUUCAGAUCGUCGGUGUUAUGGUCGCCAGUACCUCCGUCUCACCCUCAAUUCUGGUCCUCGCCGCUGUCCUGCUAGCCGUCUCACUCCGACUAGCCGUCCUCUACCUUGCUGCUGCUCGUGAGCUGAAGCGAUUGGAAAGCAUUUCCCGAAGCCCCAUUCUCGACCACUUCAUCUCCAGUUUGGCUGGAUUGCACACCAUCCGUGCUUUCGACCAAGCACGCGAAUAUGUCCAAGCAAUGUUCACCAGAAUCGAUGCCUACGCAAACGUCUCACGACACCUCUGGCUAUUCAACUGGUGGCUGCAACUCCGUAUUGGUGUCCUCGGUGCCAUUUUCUCCACAGUGACCGCGGCCAUGGUCGUCAAAUUCGGCGUUUCUGCCUCGCUUGCCGGGUUCGCCAUCAGCUUCGUCCUGCAAUACAACACUGCCGUGUCCAACAUGGUCCGUAUCUACGCCAGCUUCGAGAUGGAAAUGAACGCAGCUGAGCGAGUCAUCGACUAUGCCAGCAUCGAGACCGAGCCACAGGGCGGCCUGGAGCCCCCUGCCGCCUGGCCUACCAAGGGACAAGUCGAAGUCGAAAACCUAACGGUGAGCUACGCGCCCGAGCUUCCUCCCGCGCUGAAGGGAAUCAGCUUCAGCAUCGAAAACAACCAGCGGGUCGGCGUCGUCGGCCGCACUGGAUCGGGCAAAUCAACCCUCGCAUUAGCACUGUUCCGUCUCAUGGAACCCAGCGAAGGCCGCGUCCUGAUCGACGGACUCGACACAUCCACGAUCAAGCUCGACGCACUGCGAAGAAGGGGUCUAGCCAUCGUGCCCCAACACCCUACCCUAUUUGCAGGAACUGUCCGAACAAACCUAGACCCCUUCGGCUGGUACUCCGAGACACAGCUGACUGUCGUCCUGGAACGAGUUCAUCUCUGCAAACCAAGCAAGGGGAACAGUGCCUCAUUCCUGAACCUGCCAGUCUCAGAGGGCGGAGCGAAUUUCUCACAGGGACAGCGCCAGCUCCUCUGCCUCGCCCGCGCUAUCCUUCAACAAGCCAAGGUCAUGAUCAUGGACGAGGCCACCUCGGCCGUGGACAUGGAGACGGAUGGACUGAUCCAGCAAACUAUCCGGUCGGAAUUCGGCCGCUCAAUGAGCUCAUUUCUGGUGAUUGCGCAUCGACUGAGCACGAUUGCCGACUUCGAUAAGAUCCUGGUGCUAAGUGAGGGACGGGUUGUUGAGUUUGGGCCGCCGGAGGAUCUGAUUAAAAUUGAGGGCGGAGAGUUCCGGGAGCUGGUGAACCAGAGUGGCGAAAGGGGUGUGUUGGAAGAGAUCAUUUCGAGGAGGUCUCGUUGA